UAUUGGAAUUAAGAUGGAAUGAUUUUUACGAGCAUUCUUGCUGCCAUCAAUUCAUCCUCUGCAUCGUUAUCAUCUCACUGGUGUCACCUAUAUCGACGUCUUUUGUGUGGCUACUCUUUAUGCAUUACACAUUCUUAUCCUAAAUUCCUAAUCUCUUCAUGUCUUUGCCUUUCAUUCUACUUUGAACUGAUCCAUUUCUAUACAAAAACAAACCCAACUCCACACUAAGAAAAAUCAUGGAAUUGGCUCAAGAUGUUGUGAUAAUAGGAGCUGGAAUUGCUGGACUUACUACAUCCUUGGGUCUUCAUAGGCUUGGAAUUAAAAGCUUAGUACUGGAAUCCUCUUCUGAUUUGAGGAUUACUGGAUUUGCUUUGUCUAUCUGGACCAAUGCUUGGAAGGCUUUAGAUGCUAUUGGUAUUGGUGAUUAUCUCCGGAAUCAACAUGAACGAAUUGAUGGGGUAAUUGCAACCUCAACAAUCACAGGCCAAAUGGGUGCACAAGUAUUCUUUAAGAACAAAGGGAAGCAUGGAGAGCAUGAGGUUCGUUGUGUGAAGAGGAAAUUGUUGCUAGAAGCCCUUGCACAUGAACUCCCUCAUGGUACUAUAAGGUUCUCCUCCAAAGUGGUUUCUAUUGACCAAUCAGGUUACUUAAAGCUAGUCUAUCUUGAUGAUGGUACCAUUAUCAAAACCAAGGUGUUAAUUGGGUGUGAUGGGGUGAACUCAGUGGUGGCGAAAUGGCUUGACUUCAACGAGCCAGUUUUUACGGGUAGAUUAGCGAUAAGGGCAUAUGCUAAUUUUGAAGGCGGCCAUGGAUAUGGUCCUAAUUUUUUCCAGUUCUUUGGUAAUGGUUUCCGUUCAGGUUUCCUCCCCUCUGAUGAUACUUCUAUGUAUUGGUUUUUCUCUUGGUCUCCCAAUACCUCAGACAAAAAGCCAGAGGAGAACCCAGCCAAGUUGAAACAAUUUGUACUCAGCAAACUUGAAAAUGCAGUUGAUAAACACAUGAGGACGAUAGUAGAAGCAACUGAGCUGGAUAAUAUUGUAUGUAAUCCUCUGAGAUAUAGACAUCCAUGGGAGAUGCUAUGGGGAAAUGUAAGCAAAGGCAAUGUGUGUGUAGCUGGAGAUGCUCUCCAUCCCAUGACGCCAGAUAUCGGCCAAGGUGGUUGUGCUGCCUUGGAAGACGGCGUAAUUUUAGCUAGGUGCCUAGCUGAGGCAUUGAAGAAACAAGUAAUUGUAGAAAAUGAAGAGAGAGACAAGGAAGAAUAUAAGAGGAUUGAAGUUGGGUUGAAAAAAUAUGCAGCAGAGAGGAGAUGGAGAAGCUUUGAGCUCAUAACUACAUCUUAUUUGGUUGGAUUUAUACAGCAAAGUGAUAGCAAGUUAUUGAACUUCUUCAGGGAUAGAAUUUUGGUUAAAUUUCUUGCUAGGUUGCUAUUGAAGAGAUCUGAUUUUGACUGUGGAAAGCUCAACAAUAUUUCUUCAGCUUAGGCUUUCAAUUAUUUCGUAGAAAAUAACUUGUAUAAAAUUAUUUUCUAACAAAAUAUUUUUUAUUUAA